CUUACGGGUCGACCCCGACAGCAGCCAUUUUGUUCUCUUUUUCUCUCGCGUGUCUACAUAUUUUUUUUUGUCAGUCUGGAAGCCAUUGGGUCUGCUAUGUACUGCGCAUGCGCUUGUUUACUAAGACGUUGCGGAUCACUUCUAGUUCAGAGUUGUGGGGACUAUAUAUUGCUUUAAGGAACUGAAUUAAAAUCACAUCUGAAUAUGUUUGUUCACGAGAUAAAUCAUGAGAAAACAUGGCACGUUAUCAUCCAUCAUCCUCCGACCUCUUCCUCUUGUGUUUGUCUUUUCCGCCAGUAAGGUCUUCUCGCCAAGUUCAUCUAAAAUGGAAGAUGUCUCUAAGCCUCCGUCACCUUCCGCUGCAGAGGCUCAAUAUGACCAAGAACUGAUGCCAGACCAGAAUCUAAAGAGUCUUGGAGAUGAUCAGGACCAGAAAUGUUGUCUGGUAAAUCCAGAUGAAGAUGAUGUUUCUGACAAAAUGCUUGAAGAUCAUGAUCCUCAUCUGGAUCAUGAACCAGAGGUCCGGACAGAAGACAGAUUUCCAACACAGACUUACGAAGAAAACACAUCAGGACAGUCAGAGUUCAGUCCAGUUUCACAGGAGAAGAUCCAGGAUUGUAUGAACGAAGCCUCCAGUGUGUAUCAGAACCGAUCAGGUCCGGACCUGACGUCUGCUCCGUCCAAUCAGGAUGAAGCUGGGGAGUCAGGUGGCGGCGUGGCGGCGCUGGUGGUCACUGAGGCGGAUCAGACUCGUCGGUCAGCAGCAGUUCCUCAGAGAGCACCGAGGCCUCCGGACCUGCUGAUUCCUGCAGCCAUUAGCGUGAGCAAUCUGAUCUCUGGCAGCGAUGGAGGAGACACAAACUUCUAUGACCUCCCGUCUCCAAGGAGUGACUCCUGCUCUGUGACCAGGAGGAGUGAAGAGGAUGAUACGAGGAGUAUCACUGCUUCGUCAGUCAUGUCUCUGUUCCACAGGGUUCAGCUGGAUCCGCUGGAGAAGGACUGGCUGAGGAGUUCAGCUGUGGGAAACAUGGCCGCUCAGCGCCUGCUGCUCGCUCAGGACCCUGGCCUCGUGUUGAAGAAGGACUUCAUCACUACGGCUCUCCACUGGGCAGCAAAGCAAGGCCGUCAGGAGGCCGUGGACAUGAUGGUUCAGUCUGGAGCCGAUGUCAACAUCCGAUCGGUGAGGAUGUGUAAACAGGGUUACACCGCUCUUCAUCUCGCCUCCAUUCACGGACAUCAGGAGGUUGUUCACACCCUCAUCAGCACGUACAACAGCGAGCGUCAGUCAGCGAGGGAUUCUUCAUCUUUACGCCUCACAGACUCACCGGCCAGAAGAAAGCACUGAAGCAAAGCGUUGCUGCCAACAAAAAGCUCAGAUUGACAGUUGAACCUCCUCCACCUCCAUUCCUCCGUGCUCCGGUCUCCAGCUGCCUCCAUGUCAGACCUGGAACAUUUACGACACAACCCAUGGAUCCUCGUGGGUUUAUUGAAUAGAUUGAUCCAAAAUUUAAAUAUCUGGACAUCAGAAGAGUGGAUAUGUUCAACCAAACCAAAUGUAGCAUUGCUGGAAGAACCUAACGCCAGCUGUGAAGCCUGGAGGUAGAAGUUUCAUGGUUUCAGAUGCUUUGCUCCAGCAGAACCAAAAGGAAAUUGAGGAAUAAGUGAGACCAUCUGUAUGCAAUCUAAAGGAUAAAUCUGUGUUUCUUACUUAUGUUGGUUGUUUUUUUGUUGUUGUUUUUUUUUACAAAAUCUUUCUUAGAUAAUGAGAUUCUAUUUUGAGAGGUUUUAGGGUGUCUUGUCACU